GGUGGUAAGGCUCAACUUACAGUUUUGAGUUGCUUUGAUUUUUGUGCUGACGGGUCAAUUACUUUUGUUAUCGCCAGCAUGCACGCUGUGGAGGAGUUCCUGACAGAGUUGCAGAGUCGGGAGCAAACACAGAAUGUUGUGCUCGUCUCUGAAAUUACUGCAGUGAAGUUUCUUAUGGCACGCAAGUUUGAUGUGUCCAGAGCCAUUGACCUCUUUCAAGCCUACAAGAAUACAAGAAUAAAGGAAGGAAUUUACAACAUCAAUCCAGAAGAGGAGCCCCUGAGAACAGAGCUGCUGAGUGGGAAGUUCACAGUGCUGCCUGGCCGGGAUUCUAAGGGUGCUGCUCUGGCUUUAUUCACCGCUCGCCUUCAUCGGCCGGAACUCACAACACAUAAGGCUGUGCUGCAGGCCAUCAUCUAUCAACUGGAUAAGGCCAUUGAGAGCAUUCAGACACAGCGGGAUGGUCUAAUAUUCAUCUACGAUAUGACCAAUUCAACCUAUGCUAACUUUGACUAUGAGUUGUGUGUGAAGAUACUCAAUCUACUCAAAGGAGCGUUUCCUGCCCGACUGAAGUGUGUGUUUAUCGUGUCAUCUCCACUGUGGUUCAGAGCACCUUUUGCAGUGCUCCGUCUCUUUGUAAGAGAGAAGCUUCGGGAGAGGGUUUGUACCGUCAAGGCCCAUGAACUGGCCAAUCACAUCCCAGUGUCAUCUCUUCCUGAGCAUCUGGGUGGGACCUUAAAUUAUAGUCAUAUGGCCUGGGUCCAGUCCUGUUUCAAUGCUGGCUCCACCGGUCACGGUAGCGAUGCCAAUGACAACCCAGACUGUGUGGGUAACCUGCUGCGUUCCUACUGGCCAGAGCAGAAUAUUGCCCCUCUGGAUGGGACCAAUGCCAACUUGCCUAACCACCGAAGCCAAGUGAAUCACACCCAGCACUGGAAUGGCUCUGCCCUCCAAGGGCGUGGCCACCACCCUCCUCCACAGUCUGACACACCCCCCGAUACGCCGAUACACCACAUUCACACAGAAAACACAGUUGUCACGGAAACAGAUUGGGCGUCUGACGGACAAAUUCAAGAGGAACAUGGACAAGGUAAUGGACAGGGAAAUGAUGACGAAGAAGAAGACGAAGAAGAACGAGAGGAAGAGGAGGACGGGGUUCCCCCUUUGCCACAGAAGUCCCGUCCUCCUCCACCCUCCCACAGUCCUCCAUCGUUGCCUGUUGAGCUGAUGGAAGUGUCCGUACACAUGCCUGAGCUGGGGGGCAUGACUGUGCAUGAGCUUGUGGCACAUGUGAAGAGGAGCCGCAAGAGGGGUAUUUACCAGGAGUACGAGCAGAUCCGCAAGGAGCCACCCACAGGAACCUUCACUUACUCAAAGAAUCCUUCCAAUCAGAUCAAGAACCGUUACAGUGAUGUCCUUUGUCUGGAUGACUCUCGUGUCAGAUUGACCACCCUCGAUGAGGAGGAGGAUGAGACAUCAGACUACAUUAACGCCAGCUUCAUGGACGGUUACAAAAGGAGCCGAGCCUACAUCGCCACUCAGGGGCCGCUCCCAAAAACAUUUGGUGAUUUCUGGAGAAUGGUGUGGGAGCAAAUGGUCUUAAUAAUCGUCAUGACCACCAGAGUUGUAGAGCGGGGACGUGUAAAGUGUGGGCAGUACUGGCCAAUUGAAGCCGGCCAGACCGAAGACUAUGGAUAUUUCCUGGUGAGGAAUGUACACAUCGAGACUUUCCAGGACUUCAAGUUGUCUCACCUCGAGCUUUACAAUAACCAAACCGGAGAGACGAGGGAUGUCGCUCACUACCUGUAUCUGAGUUGGCCUGAUUUUGGUGUGCCAAAAUCUGCCUCAGCCAUGUUGGACUUCAGGGCUCAGGUGAAGGAAAGGCAAGAGGCGGGAAUCCAAGCACUCGGACCUCACUGGACAGGGCCGCCGGGAGGUCCCCCAAUUGUGGUGCACUGCAGCGCAGGCAUUGGCCGCACAGGUACGUUUUGCACAUUGGACAUCUGUCUGUCUCGUUUGGAAGACAUUGGGACUGUGGACGUGGAGCAGACUGUGCGCCGCAUGCGAACCCAGCGUGCCUACAGCAUCCAGACGUGGGACCAGUACUACUUCUGCUACACAGCAGUCAUUGAGCACGCCCAGAGGACUGGCCUCAUCCCCCCCCUUGAGUGGUCCGAUGCUGAGCUCGAAACGGAUAGCGAGUAAUCCAAGAGAAUGUGAUGAUGAUGGAGGACAGAGUGAGAGUCUAAAGCAAAUGGACUGGCUGACAGGGGGGAGAUGGGAUGAAGACAGCCAUGUCGUCUGGUCUGCCGCCCUACGUCAAGCCUCUCAUGAAAGCUCACUGCCUCUGAGAAAGGAGGAGGGAUGGAGAGGGCGAAGGAGUCAUUGGUCCGGCCGUUUUAAGCCUUUAUUUUAUGUUUGGUUGUGAAGGACUGACCGGAGACCCUGAUGGGAUCUGUGUCAGUGGUGUGUUUUUACCAGUUGUAGCAUUUUAUUUUUAAAAAAUAUGACUUGCACAUGUGGAAUGGCAAACUUGAAAAAUAUUACCCACUUUUUAUUCCCCCCUUUUUUAUCUUUUUUUUUUUUUAGUUACUCUUUUAGUUACCUCGUUUCUGGUCUGUCGUACAUGAUUUGUUCAUGUCACACAGUUGUUUGUGUGACCAUGAGUGAAACUUGAACUCAUUUCUCUGUUGGGACAUUAUGGCUGACUCGGAUCAGUCCUCCUAUGGCUGUUGGCUGUUGUCCUCUGUCUUUUUUGUCUUUCCAGUUUCUGUUUUGUAUUUUGAUCAUCAUAUGUGCAUAUUUAAACUAACCUGAAAGCCAAAGUGAUCACGUGGAAUGCUUGGAUGUACCCUUAAUUACAGUUGUGAGUUAAAACCCAGUGUAUAUUCUUGUAACAUACAUUUAUAUAUUGUGCAUAACAACCUUUGAAACGCCUUGUUUUAAGUAAUAGACUUGACUUUGUUUAAGAAAUAUAGGAAUAUAUGAAUAUAUAUAUAAAUAUAUAAUAUACAAAUAUAUAUGUAUACACACACACACAAUUGUUGGCUAGAGUAUGAGACGUUGAAAAGGUGAUGGUGACCUUGUGUAUUGGUCAGAUCUCCCUAAUUUGAAUCUGUUGUGUGUACACUUGUUUGACGAUACCCGUCCUGAACUCCGCCUUAAAUCAAACAGAAGUCACUGCCUCCCUCGACUGACAAACCCCAACAAAUCCGCUUCAUCCUCCACCUUUUGUUUCUCUCUUUUUCCUUCUCCUGACACUACUACUGUGCAGUGUUGUGGUGAGGUUGACACUGCCUCUGAUGUCUGUGCCUUCCUGCUUGCCAUAGGCGGUGUUGAUCUUUCUUAAGCUCAGGGGAUUUACUCUACUGUUUCAGUGUCAAGCCUUUACCCCAAAACAUUUCAAACGAAAAACCUAUCACAUUUUGUUAUAUUUUAUACAGUAUACUGUAUUAUAUCUUUUUAUUUAUGUCUUUGUAAAGUUUCAGCAGUAUUGAAAAUUGAAUGAAUGUUAGUACGGUACUAAAGAGCAACUCAACCAAUGGAUUUUUGUUUUUGUUUGAUAAGCUAAACAAAUCAAAAGAAGAAAUGUAGAGAAGUCUGGCUGGUGCUGGUUGGCUUUAGACUGAAGUGACUUGUAAUUAUGUGGUUACCUUUUUGACAGAACAAUGGAUUGCCAUCAAAUACAAAGCCCUGCAGUGAUUUUCUGUGAUUUUCUUGUCUCUGUGCCAGAAAAGUUGUGUUUUGAAUGAAAGGGAGAAAGGACAUGAUAGUACAGAGGAGCGCUGAAUGUCAAGUUGCAGUGUUGCACCUGUUUUAGGCUCCUGCCAACCCCACGGUCAUUUUUUACUUUCUCAACUCUUACUGUUGUCAUGGAGCUGAGCCCAUGAUCUCUACUGCAGCCUGCCUGGCCUGAGUGGCUACUGUUUGGCUGCUGCUGCCAAGAGUCAGUGGCCACAGCUUCAGAUUGCUACUGCUGGGAUGGCUUACGGAUCCCAGGAGAGAAAAAAAUGGAGGUAGAACGUACUCAGAGGUCAUGGGUCUCAUUCUCCACAUUUAAUUUGUCUAUGACAAAUGGGAAUGCAACGUGUAUGUUUUUUUUUUUGUUCUGAGCUAAAUGAUAUUGUGAUUGAGUAAUGGCCUUCCCCUGCGUCUGCAUUAGUGUUGCUGUAGUAAAACAUUGAUAUUAUUCACAAA